CCACCGUGCACUUCCGGUCUAGCAGACAUUUUUGUCGCUCCGGUUGACGGUAAACAGCAACCUCCUCACUCGAACCAGACCGACGCGGACAAAGCUCGGUUUUACUCUCCUCGACGAAUAACGCUAAAGCUGCAGAAGAAAUGUUCUACACAUGUGGACCCAAUGAAGCCAUGGUGGUCUCAGGCUUUGGCCGCUCUCCGCCUCUAAUGAUCGCCGGAGGACGAGUAUUUGUCUUCCCGUGUAUUCAGCAGAUUCAGAGGAUCACCCUGAACACACUAACUCUAAAUGUGAAGAGUGACAAAGUGUACACCCGACAUGGUGUCCCCAUCUCUGUCACGGGAAUUGCUCAGGUGAAGAUCCAGGGCCAGAACAAGGAGAUGCUCGCUACCGCCUGCCAGAUGUUCAUGGGCAAGUCAGAGGCUGAGAUUGCCCAGAUCGCCCUGGAGACGCUGGAGGGCCACCAGAGGGCCAUCAUUGCUCACCUCACUGUGGAGGAGAUCUACCAGGACCGCAAGAAGUUCUCCGAGCAGGUCUUUAAGGUGGCCUCCUCGGACCUGGUCAACAUGGGGAUAGGGGUGGUCAGCUACACCCUCAAAGAUGUCCAUGAUGAUCAGGACUACCUCCACUCCCUCGGCAAGGCCAGGACGGCUCAGGUGCAGAAGGAUGCCAGGAUCGGAGAGGCUCAGUACAAGCGGGACGCUGUCAUCAGGGAGGCCCAGGCCAUGCAGGAGAAGGUGUCUGCUCAGUACAAGAACGAGAUCGAGAUGGCCAAGUCCCAGCGGGACUACGAGUUGAAAAAGUCUGCCUAUGAUGUGGAGGUCAACACCAAGAAGGCAGAGUCCGAAAUGGCCUAUCAGCUUCAGGUGGCAAAGACCAAGCAGCGCAUCGAGGAGGAGAAGAUGCAGGUGCAGGUGGUGGAGCGUGGCCAGCAGACCAUGCUGCAGGAGCAGGAGAUCGUCCGCAAGGAGAAGGAGCUGGAGGCCAAAGUCAAGAAGCCCGCAGAGGCCGAGAAGUAUCGUCUGGAGAGGCUGGCCGAGGCUCAGCGCCUGCAGCUCAUCAUGGAAGCUGAAGCUGAGGCAGAGUCUAUCAGAAUCAAGGGAGAGGCGGAGGCAUUCGCCCUGGAGGCCAAAGGCCGCGCCGAGGCAGAGCAGAUGUCCAAGAAGGCCGAAGCCUUCAAGCAGUACGGAGAAGGAGCCAUGGUGGACAUGCUGCUGGAGAAGCUCCCUCUGAUGGCUGAGGAGAUCAGCAAACCGCUGUCGUUGGCCAAGAAGGUCACCAUGGUGUCCAGCGGUGGCGGGGACGUCGGCGCCUCCAAGCUGGCCGGCGAGGUUCUGGAGAUCAUGACCCGCGUGCCCUUGGCGGUGGAGAAGCUCACCGGAGUGCACAUUUCCCAGGUUACAGGCCAGUCUCUCCGUGUGCAUUAAGACGACCUCACGCCCGGUGCCGCCAUCUCCCUGCGUGCUUGUGAGCCUCAUCAAAUGCGCGUCUGCUCCCUCUCUCGUUGUAGCUCUAAAAGUGCUUUUUUCCCCCCCCCACCAGAGAAGAUGCAUUUGUGGCGCGACAAAGCCUUUCAGUGUCUUUAAAUGAGUCAAUAUGUUAUGUUUGUGUACUGGAGGACAACAGCCUAGCUUUGUCUUUAUAGUCCGCUCUAUGUCCAUGAUAUUAGUCUGUGAAAUAGAUUGUAAAGGUAGCUUAUGCACGGCACAUCUUUACACCCAAAUUUGCUCCAAAUGCAUACUAAAAAGUGGUUGGGCCUCACUGAAAAGAAGUCAAAAUUACAAGAAUAGUUAUUUUCAUGAAAGCUUGUAAUAAAGGCGUUAUAUUAUGUGAAUGUCAUACUGGCGAAAGUCGUGGGAUUACAAAAAAGUAGGUGGUGAUAUUACAGUAAUUGUCACCCAUUAGAAAAAUAUAAUAUAUUGGAACAUUAAGAGUAUGUAAAAGUCGUAAUAUUCCAAGAAUUUUUACUUUUGAAAUGUGAUGUGAAUAUUACCAGACUAAUGUUUUAAUAAAGUGGUAAUAUGAAAAGAAUAUAGUCAUGAUUUAAAAAAAAAAAAAAGGUAAUAUUUGUAGAAUGAAGUCAUAAUUGCAUGGGAAAUGUAUACAAUUUAUUACUAUAAUAUAAUGACAGUCUCGAGACUGUAUUUAGUUUAAGAGUUUAGAAUUGUAUGUGUAUUCACGUAAUAUAAAAAAAGGGGAAAGUUGCUUCUUUUUUGUAAUAGGACAUUGUUUUUCCUCUAAAUUUUAAUAUCUAGUCUCUGAAAGAAGAAUUUAUUUGGGGUGGAACAUGACUAAUAUAUUCUGUUUUUCCUUGUAACGUUACAGUUAUGCUCUGAAAAUUAAUUUUUUACCAUUCAAUUUUUUUUUCUUGACACAUUUAAACGUAUUUUCAGAAUUUUUUAUUU